AUGAAGACGAUUAGCGCGCUUUUCGACCAUUCUUCCACAGACGUAGACUUCGGUGUGCCUAGUGUGAGCCGUAUCGAGGUCAACAGCCGUGAAUGUGACGAGAAAUUUCGACUCUCGUACGAUAGUGAGCCCGAGGACGGUUAUCGACCUCCGGCCCCACUCAUCAUUCAAAACGAGGAUGAAGCAUCGAUUACAUUCAAGAAUUUUGUCACCGAGGUCCAUGCAUAUUUGAACGAGCAUCUGGAUGAAGUCAAGAGAGCUCAGCGAAUAAUGACCGCAGAGCCUUGGUCGGAGACACUCUUGUACUUCCGACACACUUGGGCAUACCAGACUGAGGAUGGUAACGUCAUUGUCUAUGUCGAGAUGAUGCCCCGCGCGGCAGAUACCAAAUUCAGGGAUAUCCUUUGGGCCCAACAACUAAAUAAUGUUUAUGAGUACGAAAGGAAGAUUCAGGGCCGUCGGUUCCGCCUUAUUAAGCCGAAAUAG